AUGCACUAUUCUCAUCCAUUAUUAUUUCACUUCACAAAAACACAAGACCUUAUAAUUAAUUAGGUUUAAUUUAGUAAUCAUCAUCAAUGGAAUUCACUGAAGAGCAAGAAGCUCUUGUUGUCAACUCAUGGGAUGUUCUCAAGAACAAUUCUGCUGACCUUGGUCUCAAGUUUUUUUUGAAAAUAUUUAGUGCUGCUCCAGCAGCUACGGCAUUGUUCUCAUAUUUGAAAGACUCAAAGGUUCCGUUGGACCAAAAUCCUAAGCUCAAGACUCAUGCCACCAUUGUUUUUGUCAUGAUUGGUGAAUCAGCAAUUCAACUCAGAAAAACUGGAAAAGCCAUGGAUGAAUCUGACUUGAAACAUUUAGGUGCUGUUCACUUCAAAUUUGGUGUACUACAUGAGCAUUUCCAGGUGGCAAAGAAGGCACUGUUGGAGACAAUAAAAGAAGGAGGAGGUGAAUUAUGGUCACCGGCACUGAGCAAUGCAUGGGGAGUAGCUUAUGAUCACCUUGUUGCAUCCAUCGAAUCUCAAAUUAAAUGAAAUUAAAUGAAACUCUCAUCGUUCAUCAAUUAGCAUAUGGAAGACUAUUCCUCUCUUCCAAUCCACUCAAAUUGAAUAAGAUUGAUAUUGCUAUGAGAGUGCUCAAUUAUAUUUUAUUGUGUUAUAUAUGUUAUUUG